AUGCCGUUUGAUUAUCAAGCUGCCUUGAUUAUAGUCAAUGAAGUAUCUACUGAACUUGAUGGGACAAGCGAGGAUGUGGAACCAGAAGAAGAAUUUGCUUCCAAAAUACCCCUAAAAUGGUUUAAACGAAAGAAGAGGUCUGUUGACGGAACACUUAUUUUGCAAAAUUCAACAGAUGCAGCUGUCAAUAGCUCAAUUCUUCAAACCGUCACUCCAGUUGGUAACGAGCUAAGUUCUAUAGGAACAACUGAAGAUGUUACUGCAGACCACGAGGAGAAUUAUCAGAGCAUUUCGUUGGAUUUAGCUACAAGGAAACUCAAUGUGACGACCAACACUAACUCUGUGAAUAACUAUGAGAUUACUUCACUGCCUUUCGAUUCAAGUAGUAUCGAUUUAGAAGUGAACGCAUCCAUUAAUCAGGGAAUGAACUCCACCGCAUCAACGCAUCGAGAAUCUAUUAAGCUUCGCACUACAAGUACAACGCCAACAUUGGAGGAGAGUAGCAUUUCUUUUAAAUUUUCUUACGGUUUAAGCCCACAAACUACACCUCAGAGUAAACCAGAGAGCAGUAGUAGCGAAAUAUUUCUUACAGAAUCGAGAGCUCACCAAAACAUUUCAGCUCCUGAUAUUUAUUCAAGUGAACAUUCAACAGUAUAUUCCUCUAAACGAUCAAACUCAAGCAAUAUUGAAGAUGAAUUUAUAGAUGCUACUAGCACAGAAUUAAGUAGUUUUACAGCAGAUGCAACCGUAAGUAUGGGAAACAGUUAUAAAAUGCAUAGUAGCACUGGGUUCAGUGAUAGUGUUACGACAGCUAUAGCAAUAGAUACAAGAAACGACGUUGUAAAUUCUACAGUCAAUGACCUCGAAAGCGUUUCACUAACAAAAUCAACGAGUUCCCCACAAACUGCUUCUGUGUCCACUAUUGCUCAAGAUUCUCCAACACUACAAACAAACGAUGAAGUUGCCAUAUCCCCUCACUAUGAAACGAAUGAAAAUAGUCUAAAAACCAUAACGUAUUCUUCAACAGUCAUUGGAACCUCAGUCGAUAAUGGUUCAAAUGAUAUAACUUCUACUUUUCAAAAUAUCCCCACAGCAAACGCUUACGCAGCAAGUUUUACUGAGAAUAACAACCCCUUGACAACAACAUCAGUUAGCGAUAUUGCAAAUAACAUAAAUAAAAAGACAGCUUUGAUAGGUAUUCCAUCAGAAUUUUACACUUCAACGAAACUCUCAACUGAUGGGGAACUAACUAACGAAUCAAUUUUUAAAUCUGACGAACCACAUAAUUGGACGGUGUCAAGUCCAACUGAAACAGCUAAUACACAAGCCGAAUUUACUCCAAUAUCUCCUCAAAAUACUAAUCCAACAAAUAUAUUGGUCUCUGUUUCGGUGAAUCAUAUAAACGUUGCUACUUCCCCUACUAUAUCGAAAGCAAGUGUCACUCCUCUCGAGUUAGAAACAACAACAGUCCACUUGCCAGAUAAAAGUAUCACAAGCUCUUCACAAACAGAAUCUAAUGAUAGUGUCAUUACGCUGACAUCGCAAUUAACUCACAACAGCUUAACUGAGAGCAAAUUGACUGAAUCAACUACUGAGAGCUUAACUGAGAACAAAUUGACUGAGUCAACCACUGAGAUCAUUAUUUCUGAUAAAACAAGUGAAACCCCAAUCUACAGCUCAGAAAUUGGAUCAACGUCAAUGGAAAAUAUAUUUAUGACUGACGAUAACAUCCUUAUAAAAACUGAUGAUUCGAACGAUAUAUUAACCAGAGAUUCAAUGUGGCUAACAUCAACAAAUUUAAAUGGCGAUUCAUCAACAAAUGGUGUCUCACUUCACAAAGAUAUUGGAUUUCAAUCAACUCAAACACUAGAAGCAACGAAAGAAUUAACAUAUGACAAAAGCACUGUACAAACUACACCAGCAUACAAGACCGAAAUAGAUUUAACAGCUACUACCUCUCCAGAUUUGGGUGUAAAAUAUGAUCCCAACACAGCAAAAACAGAAACUGAAUCGGCGACUGUUUUAGAAACUGCAACAAUAAAAUUAAUUGGGAACUCGACAUUUUCGUUGUCUGAUAUGGAAACGACGGAUCAAGUUGAGACAACACAUACAGACGAAAAAUCGACAGCUUUAGAAAAUGCUCUUGAAAUGAAGACAAAUACCUAUUCUGUUUUAGAAGUGUCUACAAUCCAACAUCAAUAUGUCAGUUCUAAUGGUACCACCCCAACUGAAGGAGAUAAUUCUACAAAAACAACAAAUUUGGAUCAACGUUCAAAUUCAGUUGAAUUUACAUCGAUGCAUGAACAUUCUUCCCAACAAUACAAUACAUUCAGCAAUGCAGAAACUAGUCAUACAUUGACUACAUCAUCUCAACUGGCAAAUGUUACGACAGAAAAUCAGGCAUUGUAUACUACGACACCAGUGAAUAAUGUCUCGUUUCAAACAGACCUGCAAACCUCAGCUGAAAUUACACUAGAAAAGAAAAAAGCAACUGAGAUAAUAACAGCAGCAAAAGCAGCAACAGCAACAACAGCAGCAAUAGUAACAAAAGCAGCAGCAGAAGAAGCAACAACUGAAACAACGGUAGAAGUUACACCAAUAGGAAAAACAUCAGCGGGAGUAGAAACUGAAGUAACAACGAUGGGAACAACAAUGGAGGAAACAGAAGUUGCAACAUUGGAUUCAACAACUGUAGUAACAUCAGCAACAAAAGUAGUAAAAGAGGCAACUACAGCAGCAUCGACCAAUAUCACGACAACGACAACCGCCACCACUACUACAGUAACAGAGCCAUUAGAAAGGGCAAGUGACAUGGUGGAGACACCAGCACAAGCAGCAAUAACUGCGACUGAAUCCUCAAUAGCAACAACGACGGCAGAAUCAGUUGAAAUAGCAACUGCAGCAACAAGAAUAACGGAACCUCCAACAGCAGCAGUAGCAACUACGAUAAAUACAGCAGCAACAGAACCAGCGAAUGCAACAGGAGAAGCACCUGCAACAGCAUCAACAACAUCAGUACCAAUAAAUAUAUUAUCAACAGUAAGAACAACGAUUACAGAGCCAUUAGAUGAAGCAACAACAAUUAUAACAGAACAAUCAACACCACUAUCCUCAUCACCGGUACUAACAACUACAACAGCAACAACAACAAGACUUAUAGAAACAUCACCACUAACCACAGCGAAAACAACUACAGCAAAAGCAACUUCAUUGGUCACACAUCUAUUAAAAUCAGCAGCAACAACAGAACUACGGCCACCGCCACAGCCAGAUUCUACAACUUGUAACACAACAGCAAUACGAACAGAACUAACAAGUGCAACAAGAUUGGAACCAACAAUGCCAGAUGCAACAACAGCAGCAGAACCGCGACCAGAAACAGGAGUAACAGCAGCGGAUACACAAGUAACAACAACAAUAUUAGAAACAAAAGCGGAUCCAGAUCCACAACCGCAAUCUGCAACAACAACAACAGCAACAACAACAUUAGCAAUAGCUGGGGAUCUACAAACAACAGCAACGACAUUAGCAGUAGCAGCAACAACAUUAUUAGCGACAGCAACAGAUGCUCAAACAACAGCAAAAGCAACAUUAGCAAUAGCAGCAUCAACGAUAUUAGCAGCAGCAGCAGCAGAAGAUACGCAGCCCAUAGAAACAACGUUAGCAACAAUAGCCGAGCCGCAAUCAACAACAGCCGAACCGCAAUCAACAACAGCCGAGCCGCAAUCAACAACAGCCGAGCCGCAAUCAACAACAGCC